AUCACAUCCAUCAAUCCAUGUGUGUUUUUAACAAAUAACAAAAUGUUCUGUUAAAUUUGCAAGAUUGCUGUAAACAUUGGUUCGAUUUUGGUUAAAAACAAAUUGAAAUUGAUGCAGAAUACACAUAUUCAUAAGGAAAAUGUCUCUUGAGAUUUCUUCAGAAAAUAGUAUUUUUGUUGAAAAAACAUGCAGGGCAUGUUGUCGGUUUGAUCCAGAUAAUUCUAUGACUUUUCAUCCGAUUUUUGAUUAUGGCGAAAACGGGGAGCCAGAAGCUAAUUGUGAAUUUAUAGAUAUUUUUAAUGAUUUUUUUCUUUGGAAUCUUGAGAUCAAACCCAACGAUGGACUGCCCCAACAAAUGUGCACUGAGUGCUUGGACAAGUUUUGCAAGGUUAAUACCUUUCGCAAACAAGUGUUUGAUUCACAAAAUAUUCUCUUGUCGUAUAUUAGUCGUGACAUUAGUGAAAUUGAAAAUACCUAUACACAAAAUAUUACCGAAGAAGAUCAACUUAGUAAUAUUGAUAAAAUAGGAUACAUCUCUCCUAGUAAAUUAAUCGAAUAUGUUGGCUACGAAGAGGAAGAAGAGUUCUUCAACACUGAAUCUCAAAACCAUUGUGUACAAGCAGACAAUUGCGAAGAAAAUGAAAGUGACUAUUUGUUCAAUCAUCCAAACCAAAUUGACGCCCGCAAAAAUAUUCAUAAUACUAUUGUUGUUGUCAAUACGAAUGAAAUCAAUAAUAAAACUAAUUCCGAAGGUUUUGAAGAUAAAAGUGCUAUCCCUUUAGUUACCAAAGACCUUCCGAACCGCAAUGAAUUAGAAACUGAAAACAACGCUACAUUCCAGUGUGAUGUGUGUAUGAAAUUUAUACCAUCACUUUCGAAGCUAAAACUUCAUACACGUCAGUUUCAUGUGCGAAAAGAUUAUGUUUGUUCGAUUUGUAAUACAAAACUUGAACAAAUCACUCAGAGAAAGUAUUAUAAUCACAUGAAUACUCAUCGGUCAAAAGAACACAAGUGUUCAUAUUGCGAUAAAGCUUUUAUCCAGAAGAUUCACUUAAUAAAUCAUGAAAGAAUCCACACUAAAGAGCAGCCAUUCGAAUGUGAUGAAUGUGGAAAAAAGUAUCGUCAAGAGAUAACCCUUCAAGAACACAAGCUAACACAUAAAGAUCCCUUCCCUUGGAAAUGCGAAAUUUGUGGAAAAGGUCUGAAGGGCCGAUCCUGUCUAAUGGCCCAUAUGCGUGGCCACAGUGAUGGUUAUCAAUGUGAAGUUUGCGGAGUUAAAUACACCAACAAGCAAUGCUUAAAAAACCACAUGUUGAAACAUACCGAGCACGGUGAAAAAAUCUACCAAUGUAAAUUCUGCUUCAAAUCUUUCCGUAGACCUUUCCAGCUAGGAAAUCAUUUUCAUACACACCACUUGGAUAAUUCAAUUGUUCAAGGCUUCUAUAGAUGUACGGAAUGUAAUUUACAAUUUGAAACUGCAUCGAAUCUUAUUGAACAUCGUAGAUCACACGAACCAGUGGAUCGUAUAUUUACUUGUGAAAGUUGCGGAAAAUGCUUUACAAAAAAGACUGACUUAAAGGUUCACGUUGAGAAAGUGCAUCUAAAAAAUAACUCCUUCUCAUGUAUACAUUGCCAUAAAAGUUUCUUUGACUUAUCCGAUAUGAACGCUCAUUUAAAGGUUCAUAACAAUCAAGACUGUGCCCAAUACAAAUGCAAUGAAUGUGAAAAAGUUUUUCCUUCGAUGAAAAGUCUGCACUCGCAUCAGAUUUCUCACUCCAAUGAUAACCGGUUUAAGUGCACUUUUUGCGAGGAAUCGUUUAGAUACAGGAACGAUCUCGGAGAACAUGUCCUAAGUCAUUUCCUUGAUGAAAAAGAGGAUUCUAUUGUUAAGGAAGUUCAGAAAUAUAAACAUUUUGAAACUUAUAAUGAGGAAGAGAUGGAACUUGAAAGUGAUUACCAACUGCUGGAUUCAAUUCUAGAAGAAUAUUAAUUUGAUCUCGUUGAAUAUAAUAAUAAUUAUCUUUAAUAAUUGAUUUAAUGGAUUACAUAAAUAUAAAGUGAUACAAACAAUCUA